AUAUGGCGUACAAAAAUGUGGUGUAAAAAUAACCGCGGAACGUGAAUCGGAGGCGUCGCGACGUCCAACGACGUGAACGACUUAUAAAUAACUGCACGAGUGCAAGCCGGAACACUUUCAGUUCCAGGUUUGGUGCUGUGCGCGUAAUUUAUCGAGAAAAUGGCGACGAAAAACGAAGAAAUUAAGGGUGCUGAAGUAGUUGCCAUGGAUCCAGUAAAAAAGGAACUACAGGCAAAAAAUGAAGAAUGCGAAGCGCUGAAAGCAAAACUAGCUCGAAUGGAGCUGGAUUUAUUAGAAGCGCGCAUGAAAUCGACGCAAAACCAGUCGGAAGUUGACGAAAUCCACAAAAUGAAGGAGAUUUCCGAAGAGUUGCUCACCAAAGCAAAGAGCAUCAUCUUUGAAAAAGUAAAAACAUGCAAGAAUCAAGAACUGCAGAUCGAAGCACUGAACGCACAAGUCACAUCGCUGAAGGACGUGGUUUCCAUCACCAAGAACCUGCUUGAGAUUCGCAACCUUGAAGUGACCCACUUGCAGGAUCAGAUCAACGCCAUGAACGGAAAAAUCGAAUGCGAAAAAGAGCGACAGGAAUUGGUACACAAGAAGUUAGAGAAAAUGAUCCGCAUGAACGCAGAUUUAAAACGUGAAUACGAAACGCAAUUGGUGCUUUUUAAUGCACUUAGAGAUAGAUAUCAAGAGCGAGAGUUGGCUAAGAACCUUAUCGAAGAAGCAAAUGUUAUUAUUAAAGCAGCAUCGGAUGUUUCAACCGAAGAAUCGCCCGACAGUCCGGACGGACCAAAAAGCAUGGCUGUUUCCAACUGUACGACUGAUACUGUUAGUGUUGUCAGUCAAGAGAGCACUGAAUCGCAAGCUGAAUCGAAAACAUCUUGAGUUUUACGGCAAUAAAUCGGAGAUUGAUACUAAUUUAUGUGAGAUUUUAACUUUUUGCAAAUUUUGUAACGAUUUUUAACUAGCGCAUGUUUUAAACUGUUAAAAUAUAAGUGUUUUAUGUAAAAGAUAUAAGCAAUUGCAAAUAUGUUACCAGUUUAUCAAAAAUAAAUCAAGAAACUACUUAAAAA